AUAUCUGGCCACAACUAACAAAUAAAAUGAUAAAAAUUUCAGCUCAAUAUGCCUUAAUUUACAAGAGUUAAUACGACACACAAAGUAUGAAAUCUCGUGUGACAUUUAGUGUGACAACUAUAUUUUCAAAUUUUAUUUAAUGUCCCUUUCUUAAUAAGAAUAAGUAAAACUUUCGAAUCAUCUUUGGUAGUUUUAUUCCCCACUGAUAAGCUUUCAUUCAAAACCAAUCCGACAAAUUUUGAAUGCUUUGUUAUAUAGCAAAGGCGUUUUUAAAUCUCGUGUGACACCAUAUUGACCAUUGACGGUACACCUGAUAUUCGGAAAAAAAUAUAACAUAAACUGCGAUGAAAGAACUAGCCAGUCUCAUAUCCAUGAUGUAUACACUGUCCACUGUAAAUGUCAAAAACUGUCAAAAUUCAAAUGACAAGAAACCAAUUAGUGAUGGGUCAUUUUCUGUCCAUAUGUGGCAGUAGAAAUCAGCCAUUUUAACCUUGUGUAUGCAGUAUCUCGGGAUAGGCUAAUGAUAAAUUCGUGAUUUUUUGUGUGGUAGGGAGCAUCAACUACGGCAGCAUACUCCGAAAUUUUCAUAGAGAUUGGCCAAGAGGAACUGAAGUUAUUAAAGUUUUACAUAUGGAACUACGAACGGUACAAUAAAGUUGCAAUUCAUCCAUAUAUUGUCCUAUUAAAUAAGAUAAAUUUCUCCCUUUCUGAUGCAGAGCACUAAGAUACUCGUUUUUCGACAUUUUCUUUCGAGAUUUUUUCUGGUCGAUAUUUUUUGUUUCGACAUGUUUUUUUUCGGUCUUCAUCAUACAUUCCGCUAAGUGCAUUACUGUAAGACUCGCAUUUAUGAAAUAGUUGAUGAUAAAAAAAUUUCAAAUAAAAAAAAAAUACAAAAAGAAUGAUUAUUAUCGAGUAUAUAGUAACACUAAUAAAAAAAAUCGAGUGCGGUCAAACGAAAAAAAAUAGCCGCAGUUUGAAAUGUACAAAUAAAUAAUAAAAUAUUGCUUAUGUUAGUGAUGAGUUAUAAGAAUCAUUUUAAACAAUAGAAAUCUUUCAGUUUACAGAUAAGAUAUUAUGAUAGCAAGUCUAAAUGAUAUAUAUGAGUUCCACAUUUCAGCUCCAAUGGAACUAUGAUGACAAGUUUUUAUAUAUUCAGUGAUGGCUUUUAAGUUUUAAACUUAAAAUAGCCCUGCAUUAGUUAUGUCACAGAUGCCAUUAUGUUAUCUAUAUUGCAUCAACGAAAUGUUAUGCUUCUUCGUGUAAAACACAAUACUGUCCAAAUCCAUAAUUUCUAUCACUCCAUCUUCCACAUAAUGUAAUUUACUUUAGUAUGUUCGAAUAGAAUGACGUUUUACCAUUGCGAACAUCCACUCUUUUUUUCUUCCUCUUCGAGAACGCAUGUUCUGUAUGUAUAUGAGGACCUCUGCUGUCAAUAAUACUUAUGUUUGACUUAUCGUUUACUUUUACCAAUACGCGAUUUGAAUCAUAUGUAAGCGAAUCGUUUUUUUUUCUUCGCAAUUAUUUUGAUUCAGACUGUUUUCUUUGUAUACUUAAGUUAAACUCAUAUAUAAAGAAAAAAAAUUUUUGUCGUCAGCUGGUGUUUUUCAAGAUGACUUCUACCAACGAUGUUGGACUUGCAUGUGAACGUAUUCAGAAUGCAACAGAAGUCGAUUUAAAUGAAAUUACUUGUUUAACUAUAUGUGAGAAUAUAUUAUGGAAACCGCUCUCAUGUCAACAGUGUGAAACUCAUUUCUGUUCGAUGUGUAUUCGACAGUGGUUAGAUAAACAUCCCAAUCAAUGUCCCAUGAAAUGUGCUUCAUUCAUUGAGCGACCAUGUUCCAAAUUCAUUUCUAGACAGUUAGCAAAAUUAAAAGUUCUUUGCAUUUAUCGAUCGUAUGGUUGCCAGGAAGUUUGUUGAACUACAGUUCAAUCACUUUCUGUAUUAUUAAAGAACACUGUUUUUAUACCAUGUUUAUUUUAGGUUGUUCCAUAUGAAGCACUUGAAAAACAUGAGAUAACAUGUGGAAAUCAACUUGUAAAAUGUAUUCGUUGUCAGUUAGGUGUACUCCGAAAAAAUCUCGCACAACAUCAACCAGUAUGUCAACAGACGACGGCUAUGUCUUUAGAUUCAAAUAUGGUACAUGUAACAUGUGAAAAUGAUUUCAAGGAACGAAAUUCUGAGAUAGCUGCUCUGAAAGCAGAAGUUCAACUACUUCGUCAAGCACUAAAUGGUCAUAUGGAAUUAUUAGUGGCUCGUGACAUCCUCGCUGAUAACAAUGUAAGUUCUUCUAUUGCAUUACGGGGUCAAUGA